AAACGUUCCACCAACACUCAGGGCCACUGAGGACCAAGAGGGUGUCCUAGGCACCUCCCUGGCAGCAGGUCUCUGUCUGCCCCUCGUAAAAGGGUCCUCUCCUGCUCUCCUGGAUUCUCCUGCCCAGAGAGAACAAGGAAUUGACUUUGCCUGUUGCUGAAGAUUCUCAUCUCCUUAAUGCAUUGCAGAUAUGUUUAAUGGACGCAAGCUGUCAUGGUCUGGCGGUAACCAGUACCAGCCAAAAAUAUUUCCCCAUGGGACUGGGUCAUCAGAUUCCAGCUCUGUUCUCACAGUGAAAAAUAUGAAAAGGCUGGAAACGGAGUACACUGCUUCUAAAGAGGCCUUCACUAAGCAGAGAAUACAAGAUUACAUUAAGCAGACUAAUCUUGCAUGCUUGAACAAAGAGUCAGCUAGGAAAACCAGCACAGAGGUUGUCUGGGAUGCAGAGUCUGAAGGAGCCUCCUCGUCUUUCUCUGCAGAACAGAGGGAAGAAGUCUCCUGGAAGACCUAUGGAGACUUUUCAAAGAAAAAUAAGCUGCUAGCAGCAUCAGCUUCAGAUCCCCCCUCAGCGCAGCCCACUGGCUUUAAGCCGAAGGAAUCCAACCUGUCAAGCCUGCCCAGGAGUCUAAGGCUGGAGUUGGACAAGAAGCCUCUGUCCAUGGGAGGAGAGCAGGAGGAUGAUGGGUUGGCAACUGCCCUCUACCUGGGCCUGCCCUGGAGCCCUGGCACUGGCAUCUUCUUGGACCAGGUAGAGGCCAGCCAGAAACACUGGAAGUGGCAUGACUUCAGCCACUAUGCUCACAGCCCUCCUUUCCAGUCCCCCACCAUGAAACCUAAUGGCCACAUCACCAUUAAAAUCAUGGCUCAGGAUCAAAUUGACUUACUGUUCACCAGCCAUAGCAAUCACACCCGUUUCAUCAUGGGGUGCCAGCUCAAAUUGAAAGACCCAGAGACAAGUCACCAACUUAGGUGGAUGGAAAGCAAAGUGAAACUCUAGUAUAAAACGAUUCAGCUCAGGAGCCUGCUCAAAAUACAGACAGUGUUGUAAUACUUUUGGCAACCCCUCUCUUAGUGAUAUCACUUCCUUGUGUUUCAGUAUCUUCUAUCUGUGGGAAAUACUGAAAUUAAGUUAUUAAGACCUGCAGGAAGCAGUUACAUCAGCAUUUCAGAACAACUUUUCCUCCACCAAGGUGAUUAACAGUCACUUUGUGAUGAAAAUAAAGCUCCUUAUUUCAAGCUCACAAUGCCUAUCUUCCUGUAC